GCGAGUUUCGCAGUCAACUUCAGGCCAAUCGCGAAUAGGCCUUUGUGUUUUGCUCUGCAUUUUCUACAAUUUUCCCGAGGAAAAGUGAGGAAUGUCUCGUGCAUCUCUAUCAGCCUUUCAUGCGGCCAGUGGCACUGGCAAGUUCUACGAGAGAUCCGCCAAAACUAUCAGAUUCGUGAGAUAUGGAUGCGCUAACCGGCCUUUCUUUCACAUUGUGGUUAUGGAGCGCCGCAAGAAUCAACACGAAGCCCCAAUCGAGCAAGUGGGCACUUACGACCCUUUGCCCAAUCAGUACAAUCAACAGCUCGUGUCGAUGAACGUGGAGAGAAUAAGGCACUGGAUUGGGAGUGGAUCUCACCUAUCGACUCCUGUGGCUGAACUCCUGGGGUUAUCUGGUCUCUUGCCAAUUCACCCACGAGCCUACAUCACUGCGUGGAGGAAUCGCAAAGCAUUGGCCAAAGCCGAGGAGGAGAAGAAAGCCCAGGAAAAUAACACCUUGGAAAACACACCGAAAGAGUGACUCUCUGCGUCAAUACUUUUCAAGUAGGAAAAUAGGAAUAAAUAACAUUACAAAUU